AUGGAUGGCGUCUCCGGCGUCUUCGCCAUUCUUUCUUUCAGUAUACAGCUCGUCGAUAGCAUUCACAAAGCCCGCAUAUUCCUGCGAGAGGUUCAUAACGCGCCAGAGGAGUUAGUAAGACUGGUCGACGAACUGGAUCAAUUUGAAGAACUCUUGAGAUCGGCACACGGCCUCAUAGACCUGCAGACGAAGAUCAGCGGCGUGACUGGGUCGAUUGAGAGUGUUGAAGGCGCGCUUCGCCGCUGCAAAUCAAUCGCUGAUAGACUGGAUGCUUCUAUCAAUAAAGUACAGAGCUACUUCAACGUUCGAGGUCGAGGGCGCAGGACUUGGGCCUCGCUGAAGACGGUCGUGAAGAAAGAUGAAAUUGAGCGGUUGUGCAGACAGAUCCAUGAUAACAAGAUGAAUCUUCAGACUGCGCUUGUGAUCAAUUCUAGCUAUAUCCAGCUGCACCAGGUGAUCUCGACCCGUCUUCCGGUCAUUGAAAAUGAGCAAAACCCUGUAUCGGCAGAUUUAGGAAAGCCUACAUCGUGUAUCGUGGACUUAGGCGCUAGACCAAACAAGCAGAUGGUAAAGAUUGUCGAGACAGAUGUCUGGAAACACCAGACAUUCUUCGGACAUAACAGACUUCGAAAGAAGACCCUGUUUGUUGGUACGCAGCGAGAACCUGUCCGUGAAGAGAGAUGUUUAACGAUCUCAUCGAGCUUUGCUGGCAUGGCUUUCGAAAUGCGAUAUUGUGGUAGCUUCUUCCAAAUACCAAGAAGUGUGACCUUCUAUCAAAUCUUUGACUACUGGUCUACGGAGUGGCGAUCAAUGACCGCCCUUCUAGACGACAUAGAAGCUUUGAAGCAAGCCUUAAGUCAGCGUGAGGUAUCACCGUUUGCAAUGAACGAUUGGGGGCAGACUCUCCUUCAUGAAGCGGCUAUUGCCGGUAGUGCUGAAAGCUGCUUACUAUUAAUUCAAAUUGGGGUCGAUCCGAAUCAUACGGAUGACUCAGGCUUGAAAGCAUUUCCUAGCGCCCAUCAACCAGGAAAGGAUCUGGAGGGAAUCGUGCGAGUAUUUUUAUCAGCACAGGAUGAUCUUUCUUCUAAAAGUGUCUGCUCGUUCGUUUUUAAUUACUUUUGGUAUCGUGAGAAUGUGGAUAUGCUCCUGUCUACAUACAUGUCCAGGUAUGGAGACUCAGACAAGUCCCAAAACACAAAAAUGUGCAACGUGGCGUUUCUAAGAACCGCCCUUCGCAAUUACGGAAGGGGUGACGACAUGAACUGGCGCGAUUCAAUCCGUAGAUGGCUUUGCCACUGGGAAGACGUGCAUGCAAGAACGGCGUGGGAUCCCCAUUGUGGGACGUUCACACUUCUGGAUGAUCUUUUCAUGUUGCAAGUUGAUCCAUGCCAAGCUGUACUUGAUGCACAGGAGUGGCUCCUUAUCCUGACGGAAGCUGGCUACGAUGUCCAAGCUUACCUACACAAGGAGAGAGAACUCCAUUCUGAUCAGAACUUAAUGACUUGUCCAACUCCAGAUGGACAGCAGCAACGUCAGCUUGUGUUCGAGAUCAACGACAAUCCAAGAGUCUAUUGGGACUGGUGGAUCGAUCCUUUGUCUUCUUCAAGCCUCGUACUCCAAGAAUUUCGGUAUCUUAAUCCUUAUCAUUCGAUCUGGUCCCUUGAUAGAGACGAUCAGUGGAGAGAGGUAUGGCCGUAUGCAUAUCCCUCCUGGUCAGAGAACUACGAGCCAGGUCACGAUGAGUAUUUCGAGGACGUGGAGUGUUGGCAGCAAUACGAUGAAUGGUGCCAGGAUCUCGAAGAUUGGAGAUUGUGGAAAGGACGUGUAGAUAAUGUAGCACUCCGACAUGCUCGUCAAGCGAGGAAGAAAUACUCAAGCUACUAUGGAGACUACGACGAAAAGGCGUCAAUUCCAGGCGCUUGGCCGGAGAAAGCACUUUAG